AACCAAGCUGGUUGCUCAUUUGCCAGUUGUAGAGGAGGAGAAACUAAUGUAAAGCAGGUGACCAUGCAGAAUGCUGUUCAGGUGUGGUUUGGGGAGGAGCUGCCCUUGAGUCCCCGAAGCCCUCUGACUCCAAGACACGGGCCAGGUUUGGCAGAUGUGUGCCUGUAUGACCAAUGGAUAUCUGUGAGGCACGAGGCCACUUUGGUGCCUAUGCAAGAAGAUCUCUCAAUCUGGCUGUCUGGCUUGCUGGGAAUGGAAGUCAAAGCAGAGCAACUGCUAGAAGAACUUGAUAAUGGGGUACUGCUUUGCCAAUUGAUUGGUGUUCUUCAAAACACAGUUAAAAAAUGUUGUAGCACAAAUAAUUUAAGGAAUUUUCCUAUGAGAAAAGUUCCAUGUAAGAAGGAUGCUCCAUCAGGAUCUUUUUUUGCCAGAGAUAAUACAGCCAACUUUCUUAACUGGUGUAGAGCUAUUGGAGUUGAUGAGACAUACCUCUUUGAAUCUGAAGGCUUAGUGUUGCACAAGGAUCCAAGACAAGUAUAUCUUUGUCUACUGGAAAUUGGGCGCAUUGUAUCUGGGUAUGGAGUUGAACCUCCUGUACUUGUAAAACUAGAGAAGGAAAUUGAGCUAGAAGAAACCCUGCUGAUGACCUCUGGGCCACCAUCACCUCUUAGCACACCAAAGUCAUGUUGUCACCAUGGCGAGCUACACGAGGCAGUAAAACAUAUAGCAGAAGAUCCUCCCUGCAGUUGUUCCCAUCGAUUUUCUAUUGAAUACUUAUCAGAGGGACGUUAUAGGCUGGGAGAUAAAAUACUCUUCAUACGAAUGCUACAUGGCAAGCACGUGAUGGUACGUGUUGGUGGAGGCUGGGACACUCUUCAAGGUUUUCUGCUCAAAUAUGAUCCGUGCCGAGUGCUUCAGUUUGCAACUCUGGAACAAAAAAUCCUGGCAUUUCAGAAAGGGGUCACCAGUGACAGUGUCCCAAGCUUGUCAGCUAGAAAUCAGGAGCCUCCUCUUAUGAAUCCAAUGUCAGCUGUCAACAUGUUUCAAAAGCAGCCAUCAAAACCUCCUACUCCUGUGUCAGGUCUUGGGGCCAGUGGCAAGAAGGCUCUGUCUAAACGUCCUCAGUCCCCUGCCCUGGCAUCACCAAGAGUGCCUGUGACCCCAUCUUCCACUGCCAAGUCAUCAACAGUCAGGUCCAAAUUACAAGGGUCCUCAGCAACAGCUGUGCAGUCUCCUUUCAAGCCAUUGGCUGGCACCUCAAAGAAACUGGAGUCUCCUGCCUGCAACUCACCAACUUCUGCUCCUUCACAGCCUGGAAGCAAAAGUUCUUCACGUGCAGGAGCAAGAACAGCUCUUGCUCCCUCUGAAACCUUGCGCAAACGUAUUCGGUCCCCCGAUGCUACCAAGGUGAAAUUUGCCCUGCCUCAGGGCUCCCCAGCACCAGCACUCCAUCCUGCCCUCUCACCCUCUAAAAAACAACCAUCUCUCUUGUCUGGGACAGCUGGAACAACAACUUCAAAACAGAAGAGUGUCUCUGCUAAAUGCAAACCUGUAUCUGCCACUAAAACCAAAGGAAAUUCAGUCGCUCCCAGGACUGCUCGGCUGCCGGCUACAAAUCUGCGCACUGUUGCCAAGUUUGCACAUUCUCAGCAAUUCCUUGCAAAACCUCCUGAAAAUGAUAUUCAGAUCUCAGGUGCUGGGUCUCAGAAUCCUCAGAAAGCCCCACAAACAACGUCUCCUCUGGCAAGGAACUUGAAAACUGUUUCCGAGCUAAAACUUUCUGCUUCUGCACCUUCUCUUGCAGAUAGCAAAGCAUCAAAGUCACCGCCUGCAUUGUUACCUACAAGCAAAAAUAUGUCAUCAGCUGGGAGCAAGCAACCAAAUGCCAGUAGUCCCGCCCAGGUUGGACCCUCUUUAUCCAAACCUGCUGAACGCACGCCUUUGUCCGUUGUACGGCUUCCUCAAACUUCAGCCAAAGCAGCAGUGACCAGAAAGCCAGCACAGCCUUCCACAAAAGGUCAGCACUCAACCAAAAAUUUGCAAACAAACAAAAGCUUGACCCCAGCAGCCAAGAAACCACUCCCAAAGGAGCAGGCAUAUAUCAAAGGAAUGCCUGGUGUGUCAAAAGUUCCUCCUCUGAAGAGCAGGCAAGAUGAUCACUAUUUUGUUAUGACAGGGACUAAAAAGGCCAGAAAGUAAAUUAAUUUCUUAUUUUCUGUGGAAGUCUCUGUUUUUUUCAAAAGGGCUUCUUGUAACUGCUACACUGAGGACAAGGAAAAAAGUUAAAUAACACUACUUUUAAUAUGAAAUAUUAGGUAUAACCUGCCUUUUGCUGCCUAAUUUAUUGUAAGAACUGUUUAUCUUAUGGUUUAGAAACUUCUAUUUGGACAUGUUAGAAGUGAGCUUACUUGCUGUGUUGUGCUGUGGAAUGGCAAAUAUCCUUGAUCUGCUGCAGAAAAGUGUGGGAGAGGACAAGGGAAUUAAGGCUGAUGCUUUUGCAGCAGAACUCUGGUGGUUCUGGCACAUCUGCAUUGAGGUGUGUGACAAGCAACAGAGCUGUGCACAAGCUGUAAAAUUUCUAAUACCUCAAACAAAACUAUGAGUUUUGUUCUCUGGUGUCCCAGAACCCAAAUCUGGGUCACAUGUUUUGGAAAGAGAAGAAAUUUCUAGUCCUGUUUAGAUUUGACAGAUGCUGUUAACAGUGUUCAUUGUGGUCCCCCAUAUGCCUUAAAAUGGAUUCAGCUCACUUGGAAGUGGAGCUUAGUUUGUUUUCAAUUGGACACAGAUAAUCAUGGCCUUGAUUACUCAUUUUCACUGUGCCUUAGCCUCUCAAAUUCAGAACAGAACUCUUCUGUGAGCAAUACUACCUUUAAAACCCAGGGCCUUUAACCUUGCUUGGUCCAUGCUCAAAUCUAACUAGCUUGCCUAGAAAGCUCUUGCUGCAUGGAGAGAUGCUCCAGAGUUCCAGGGAAUACACUUUCCCCUGAGCUGGAGCCCCACACCAGCUCCUACUCCUGGACUGGAGUCCCAAAACAGCUCUGCUGCAGCAACACUGAGCUGCAAGCACUGACCUGCUCUAGCAGAGCUUUACUGCUCUGCAGGAGUGGCCUUUGCACGUAAGACUGAAUUGCUAAAUACUUUUAUCAGUGUUACAGGUUAAUUUUUGUUGACACUCAAGUCUACAGUAGCCCUUCUUGUUUUAUUUAUGAGAUCUCUUUCCUGGCUCUCCUCUAUCACUCUCUGGAGGAAUAUUCCCGAAGAGGAAUAUAGUCUUCAUUUGCCUUAAAAGAUCUGUGCACUGUUUACUGCUCCUGAAGUCUUUCAGUGGGUUAAACAUCUGUGGUGCUCAACACCUUUGCCCUUGAGAAAUAAGCUUCAUGGUGGAUUGAAAACUACUGUCUUUGGGAGUAGUGCCGUUUGGGUUAUUUUGGAGUUAAUGAACAGUUGUCCCUGCAGACACUGAGGAGCUCUGAAGGUCUUUGAAGACAUACUGAUGGUUUCUACAGACUAUCACUUCUGCCCUCCAUUCUCAGUCUAUUUAUGGGCAGGAGUGGGUACCACCUGCCAUAGAGGCUCCUGGAUGGUGGAACAGGGAUGUCUUUUUAAAAAGAGAAGAGUUCCAUGGAGUAUGUAGUUUCUGUUACUAAGUUGGUUUAUUUUGGUUUUUUGGUUUUUUUUAUUUUUUUUUUCUCCUGGAACUAGAGUAAGCAAACAUCAUAAACAGAGUUCUCAUGUGAUGUGGCAGAGUCAUAGAGCUGCUUUUCUGAGCACCUUGUUAGCUUUUUUAUUUAAUUUAUGAUUCUAUUUAUGCAUAUCUACUGUACAAUACUGCUCACAACCUGCUGGGAGUAAGCAGUAGAUGCCAGUAUCCAAACUGUAGGAGUAAAACAGAUCUGGUAAUGUGGACACAAGUCCUACAAGAUCCCAUGCAAAGCUUGUUUGUGGGAGGCCUUGGGCUUCAUUGCUUUAUGUGUACACUGAUCAAAGCCCCUGCUACAAUGAUAGGCAGAGUAUUGACUAUAGUGGAUUGCUGUCAGGUUUGCUAAAUCUGGCACAUGGUUUCAUAUGCUGAAAGCAUUUUACAGUAGAUGACUUGCUUUUGAUUUUUGAGCUUCCAAACGGUGAGUUACAUGUGAUAUAUCUCAUGCAGAUCAAUUGCUGACUUCUGGGGGUUUCUUCUUCAUAACAUCCCAUAUGGGGCUGUGUCUUAGAUUUAAAAUCUAAAACAGUGUUAAUAACACACUGAUGCUUGGGCUCUUCCUGAACAACCCUUUCCAGGGUCAAGUCUUUCUUUUUCCUGCUCUGCCUCCACAGUGAGUAGGCAGGAGACUGGGAGUGACAUGACUGGGAACUGGCCAACCUGAACUGGCCCAAGGGCUAUUCCAUAUCAUAAAGCAUCACCUCAACAAUAAAAAGAAGGAAGAGGUAGAGAAAGAAGGACGUGCAGGUUGUGUGGCUUCUAAGGUGGCUGUUUGCCAGCUGGCUGGGCAUCAGUCUGUCUACAGGAGUAGUGAAGGAUUGUCUUUGCAUCACUUGGUGGUUUACUUUUCAUAUCUCUUCUUCAUUCAUUAAACUCUUUAUCUCAGCCUGUGAGUUUUGCUUUUGCUGCUCCUCUCUAUCUUGCUGGAGGUGGAGGAGAGAAGGGGAGUGAGCAGCUGCUCUUGGCUGCUGAAUGGGGUCAACCCACAGCACCUUUUAAACCAUUUACAAGGUUUUAGGAUAAAUUUAGGCACUGAGGCUCUCGGAUCUCUGUGUAACGAAACUUCGCUGCCUACCUUUCUGAACUACACAGAUGAUGAAGGCUUCAUCUUUGUGAUAUGUUUUCAUGUAAUAGACUGAAUUAUAAACUUCAAAAUGAAAUAAAGAUGCAUAAACUGUUACAGUUGAAACUUUAAUCAGCUAAUCUAAAGUUACACGUGGGUAGACUUGGUUUGGUUUUAUUGUAAAAACAGUGUAUUUGAGGUGAUCCAGCUUCUGUGAAAAUUGUAGUCGCCAACUGCAUACUCGUGUAACUUGAGGUGAGCCAAGCAUAAGGUGUAACAAAGUACCUCCCAAUGGAAAUACAUACUGUUUUUGCAAUGUUUGCUGCCAAAUAGCAAAUCUAAUCUUCAGUUUGUACUACCUUUUAUGAGGGAAAGAUAAUUUGGAGCAAGAAUCUGACUGAAUUCUCCAUGUGAUACUGGUGUCAUCUGUAUGAGUACUUAUUUGAAAUAAACAUACACUGCACCUUUAUGUGCACACAUGUUUCUUCUCC